UUCUUAAUGAAACACAGUCCAACAAUACACUCUCUCUGUCCUAUAUAUAUAGGGCUUAGUUACUGUGACCCCUCAGCCUCGCUUUCUCCGAUCUCAGCCGAAAUAAAAACAUCCCCCCUCAGUCUUCAUCAACUCUCUCAUCCUCCCUCUCCAACCCAUCUCACUCCGGCAAAACAUGUCAACCAUGUCAACUUUGCGAAUUCCAUCCCAAUGCAUGUUCAGACAUGCACCCCAGAAUCGUUUCACCAGUUCUAUCGUUAAGUUAUCAUCUCCUCUUGGAUCUGUGAAGAAUAUCUCCAAGGCCUUUGGCUUGAAAGCAUCCUCCAACUUCCGAGCAUCAAUGGCAGUACACAAGGUCAAGCUGGUUGGACCAGACGGUGCGAAGUACGAGUUUGAUGCUCCAGAUGAUGCAUACAUCUUAGAUUCAGCUGAGAAUGCAGGAGUUGAGUUGCCGUAUUCUUGCAGGGCUGGGGCCUGCUCUACCUGUGCAGGGAAGCUGGUGGCAGGUUCAGUGGACCAGUCCGAUGGCUCGUUCCUUGAUGACAAUCAAAUGAAGGAGGGUUAUGUGCUGACCUGUGUCGCGUACCCAACUUCAGAUGCUGUGAUUCACACUCACAAGGAAAGUGAGCUAUAUUAGGUGCUUUGCUGUUGGAAUUGAGUAGAAAGUUUGGAAGUGUUGCUAGAUUUAUUAUGCAUCUCAUGUUGUCAAGGCUCUCGUAGACCUUCUCUUUGUUCUAUUUUGGUGGGGGUUUGUUGUGGAAUGGCAGUGCAUCUAGAUGUUAAUGGUUGCCGAAUUGAUUUCUGUAGGUGGCGCUUUAAUUCAGUUCUUAUUCAAGGGAUAGAUUCAAGACCUGUCCCAAAGCGUUUGUAGAAAAAUUCACAAAUUAAAUUUGCUUCA